AGUGCUUUGAUCGAUCCGACGGUGAAAAUUUGGUUAUGUUCUAACCUGUACCUGCAUAGUGCUAUGCACCUGAUGUUUGCCCUCUCUCUUACGUUCGCGACCUAGCUAGCUGAGUAGAACUCGUCUCUCUUUGUUCGAGUCGCAGUUUCUCAGCUUCGCACACAGCCUCCGCUCGAGUGAACUCCUGUUGUGGAUUUGAUUGGUUGAAGCUCGAAUAAAGCAUCUCGAAGUAUGAGCGACUACGGCAGCGGAGGAGGUAGGCUAGAACGUAAUGGUGCGGAUCAUGAGAAGGACGAUUUCACUGGCGGUGGCGACCCUGACAAUCUUGGCGAUUCCAAAUCCCAGCGUGACUAUGAGAGGGAUUCCGUGAGAAGUAGAGAUAGAGAAAGGGUGCGUGACAAAGGUAGGGAUAGGGACAGAGACCGUGACAGGGAGAGGGAUAAGGAUAGGGAGAAAGAUAGAGAUAUUGAUCGACACCAUAGAGGAGGAGGGCGUGAUAGGAAUCGUCACAGAGAUGGCAAUGACAGGAGAGAAAGAGGCCGAGAUAGGGGCGAGGAUGAUAAUCACCGGAGCAGAGACUAUGACAGCAGGCGAAGAGAAAAUGAUAGAGAGCGUGAAGAUAGGCCCGGGCUUCGUUCUAAGUCUCCUUCGAGAGGUAGAUCAAGGCAGAGAUCGAAAUCUCGUUCUCGGUCUCCCUCCAGUUCAGGAUCACGUUCCAAGAGCAAAAGGGUGAGUGGCUUUGAUUUGGCUCCUCCUGCAUCUGCAAUGGCUGCUGCUGUUGCUGCUGUCAAUGCUGCUACUACAGGCCAAAUUCCUGGAUCCGCUCCUCCCAUCCCAGGAAUGUUUCCAAACUUAUUUCCGACUCCUAAUGGACAGUUUGGUUCUCUGCCUGUCAUGCCGAUUCAAGCAAUGACUCAGCAGGCUACUAGGCAUGCUCGGCGGGUCUAUGUUGGAGGGCUUCCACCAUCAGCCAACGAACAGUCUGUAGCUACCUAUUUCAGUCAGGUCAUGGCAGCCAUUGGAGGAAAUACUGCUGGCCCUGGGGAUGCUGUUGUAAAUGUCUAUAUAAAUCAUGAAAAGAAGUUUGCAUUUGUGGAGAUGAGAUCUGUUGAGGAGGCCAGUAAUGCCAUGGCUCUAGAUGGAAUUAUCUUUGAGGGUGCACCUGUCAAGGUACGUCGGCCUAGUGAUUAUAACCCCUCCCUGGCUGCAACACUUGGUCCUAGCCAACCCAGUGGUAACCUUAACCUUGCCGCGGUUGGAUUAAGUCCUGGCUCUUCGGGUGGGCUCGAGGGUCCAGAUCGAGUAUUUGUGGGUGGGCUACCGUAUUACUUCACAGAACCACAAAUCAGAGAAUUGUUGGAGUCUUUUGGGGCUCUUAGAGGUUUUGACCUAGUGAGAGACAGAGAAACAGGAAAUUCAAAAGGAUAUGCUUUUUGUGUGUAUCAAGAUGUUGCUGUUACAGAUGUAGCUUGUGCUGCUUUGAAUGGAAUUAAAAUGGGUGAUAAGACUCUCACUGUAAGGCGUGCCAACCAAGGCAGCAGCCAACCUAGACCUGAACAAGAAAGUGUACUACUACAUGCCCAGCAGCAGAUUGCAAUACAGAGGCUUAUGUUACAACCUCCAGCAACUAAAGUUGUAUGCCUAACUCAAGUAGUUACUGUGGACGAGCUCAGAGAUGAUGAUGAGUAUGAAGAGAUAAUGGAGGACAUGAGAACAGAAUCCAGUAAAUUUGGUACAUUGGUGAAUGUGGUCAUCCCCCGCCCACAACCGGAUGGUAGUGCUUCUCCUGGUGUUGGAAAGGUGUUCCUGGAGUACGCAGAUGUUGAUGGUGCAACAAACGCCCGAGCAGGUAUGAACGGGAGGAAAUUCGGCGGCAAUGAGGUGGUGGCUGUGUUUUAUCCAGAACACAAGUACAAUGCAGGAGAGUACGAUGGCUAAUGCCAUUGGAUGGGAACUCUACAACUCUGCCGAAUGUUUGUUGGAUUGUGUACUUUUGUUUUAGUUUCUUCGUCAGUAGAGCUGUAGGCGGCUGAUGAAGAUUGAUGAUGUGAUCAUUUUAGCCUCUGAAUGAUGAUAAUAUUAUUAUAUGUAACUUGAUGAUUACUACUACGCUCUGUCUAGGCUCUCUCACCAACUCCCAAGUCCCAACUGUGUAAUUGCUUCUCUUUUUUUGUUCCUAGAAUGAAUUUCAAGACACAGAAAAGCAUGUAGCAAUGGAGUUGCAAGUCUGCAGCAGAUGUUUGUUUACUAUCUAGUCUUUCCCAACACAUGCAUCAUUGCAUCCGAGAUAGAAGAAAGAAAAAAUUUGGAAUUGG